GGUUACACCGGGAGAUGCUCUGUCCGUCGUCUAUAUACCCUCCCUCCCUCGCCUUCCGUCCUCCCCUCCCACUGUUUCUUGUAGCUUCCUUCCUUCUCCUAUUCAUCGGAAGCUGUUCGACCGAGGCGAGAUGGCGGGCAAGCGGAAGGCCGACGACAACCUUACCGGGACAAGGCACCCAGCUGCGCGGAGGGAUCCUACAUCCGGCGACGACCUGGCCGGUACAUCGGCGAACACUGCAGGGCCGACGGCGAAUGCAGCCGGCGACGGCAUUGCUGGGAUUUCGCCGGACAUGGCGUUCCUGUUGGAGGUGACUUCAGGCUACGGCUACGCCGCCGGCUCUUCCCAGUUCGAUGGAGCUGCUCGCGGGGCCGGGGGCGGGUCGGGGUACAGGGGAUUCUCCCAGCCGCCAUCUCAGGGGAUGCUCCGGUCGCCGCUGGGCAAUCCAGCCGUUGGGAGUGCGCCCUUCCCGUACCGGUACCACGCGCCGACCGGCAAUGGUUCGCUCGCCGGCCUGACCCAGAGCCAGAUCGCCGGCCCCAGGCAGACAGGAACAGGGCAGCCGCUCGGCCACUCCGGCUCCGACGGGCCUUCUUCGGCGAUGUCUUGCGCCAGCAACGUGCUUCCGCAGCACCCGGAGAUCCGCUACGUGCCUCCGCGUCCAGUCCCCAGCUACGGCGGUGCGACUCAGGGUCAGGGCAUCGCCAUUGGUCACCAGCACCAGCCCCAGCUCGACCACCGCCUCCGCCAGCCUUCUUCUGCAGCGACGGCACAGGUUGCUCGAUGGUGCCGUCUUUGCCCAGCGCCCGCCACGCGGGUUUAUUGCUCGGCGCCCUUUUGCGAGGUUUGCUACAGCCGUCUCUUCGUCAAUAUUAUUGGACAUUGUUAUCUGUGAGCUUGACAUUAUAACCAGUAAGCUUUUGAGAAAGAUGUGCACGUUCGCACUGCACGUGAUAUCUAGACAUCCGAUGAGUGUACGGCAUUACUGUGAGAGUGAGAAUGUCUUGUGAACUCUGGCAGCCAUUUCUGCUUGCUCUGUUUUGACUUUUGACAAAGAUGCUGCCUUGAGUAGAGAUGAUUCUUGUGAUGAUACUCGUAAUGGUGUGGCCAAAUGUCGCAAUACAUACAUACAUACAGUAGAUCAGUGCCACUUUAUAUUCGUUGAUCUUUGGUUCUUUUCUGACACUUUUGAAUUUGCCUCAAGUGUUUGCCUGGUUCACUUUCAGUUAAACCAGGUGAAUACUCAAAGCUUAGUAGAUACAGUACUG